AAUGAACAUUUUCGUUUUUGCGCCAGAAAUCGAAGGUAUUCUCUUUUUAAAGUUGAGAAAUAGAAAGAGGAUUUAGAAAAGUAGGGUUUUGAAAUUCAUGGCGGAGGAAGCCCCGAAUUCCGACAUCGAAGGUCCAAACGUCGUCCAGAAUCAGAAUUCCGCUGAAGCAACCAUCGAAUCGGAGUUACAAGGAGGCACAGAGUCUACGUGCAACAAUGCCGAGAGCUCGACCAUCUCGUCCGGCUGCGAACGGGAGAAGUCUCUUGAGUACGCCGAAGAGUUGAUGGAGCUCGGUUCAAAGGCCGCAAAAGAACGGGACUACGCCGAGGCCACUGAUUACUACAGUCGUGCUUUAGAAAUAAGGGUCGCGCAUUUUGGUGAAUUGGCACCGGAAUGUGUGAAUGCUUAUUAUAAGUAUGGAUGUGCGUUGCUUUAUAAAGCACAAGAAGAGGCGGAUCCUCUUGGCGCUGUGCCGAAGAAAGAAAGCGAAGUGAAGGCAGAUUCCGACAAGGAUGGAUCUGUUGAGAGUGGAGCAACUGGUGAACCCUCUGCAACUCCUGCUGCGAGUAAGGCGGGAGAAGCUGCUACUUCAAGCACUCAUCUGGAAAAAGAGAAUGAACUGGAGACUGACGGCUUUUCCCCUUCUCCAGAAAGAACUGAAGCGAAAGAUGUGGAAGAAGAUGAAGAGGAAACUGACAGUGAAGACGUAGCUGAAGCUGAUGAGGAUGAAUCUGACCUGGAUUUGGCAUGGAAAAUGUUGGAUGUUGCCAGGGCAAUUGUUGAAAAGCACUCUGAGGACACAAUGGAGAAGGUAGACAUAUUGUCAGCAUUGGCAGAAGUUGCUUUGGAAAGAGAGGAUGUUGAAACUUCGCUUAGUGAUUACCUGAAGGCCCUCUCGAUCUUGGAACGCCUUGUUGAACCAGACAGUCGACAUAUAGCUGAACUAAACUUUAGGUUAUGUCUGUGUUUGGAAAUUGGUUCUAAACCUGAGGAAGCAAUUCCCUAUUGCAAAAAGGCUAUCUCCAUUUGCAUCUCUAGGUUGGAGCGGCUUACUAAAGAGGCAAAGGAGUUGGCAGACUCAACCUCAAAAGCAGCUGAUUCAGAAUCAGACCGAACUCUUCAACACUGUUCUAGUACAUCCAAGUCGGUCAUAUCUGCCACUGCCAAAGAAUCAGAGAUUGAAACACUCUCUGGUCUCUCUGAUGAACUAGAAAAGAAACUUGAAGAUCUACACCAGCUUGUUUUGAACAAAAAAUCUUUGCUUUCAGAUCUCAUGUAUAUGAUGGCUGCAAAGGACAUUGAAAAAACUGCAGCUACUGCUGCUGCUUCUGUACAAAUGAGCUCUUCUCAGAUGGGAACUGCUAAUAGCACUGGGGGUGUUGAUUCUUCAACUGUUUCCACAGCUCACACUAAUGGUUCUGCUGGAGUAACACAUCUUGGAGUGGUGGGAAGAGGAGUCAAGCGAGUCCUAAUGGACCCAAGCACCUCCAACUCCAAUCCUGUGAAAAAACCUUCUGUAGAGCCUUCACAAAAUAACACUGAUGGCAAUGCUUCUUGAAGGUCCUUACAUUUGAAUCUUGGUAUUGGAACAAUAUUCUGUGUAGAGAUUUAAAAUUGGUGGUAACAUAUGUCGUUAGUUCUCUAUGUUGUUAUUUGGUCCUUGAUGCAAGAAAGUAGUUUUGGCCUUGUCUGAGAAUAGCUGUGAGACAAUGAAAAACUGACUGCUUUAUUCCUGCAGCUUGUAGAUCAUCCUUGCGGCCCAUGAUUGCAUGUUUGCACUACAUUGUCAUUUUCAAUGUUUUGUGAUGAUUACUA